AUAUUAAUACCAUGUUACCUAGUUGCAUGUGAUUAUUCCCUUAGUGUGGCCAUAACAACAACCACCUAAAGCCAUGUGGCAUAAAUCAUGUGGAUAUCUAUAUGCUCCCCAAGAAAGAUUCAAUCUUAUAUUUUAGUUGUGUUUUUAAGACUAUUUAGAGUAUAAAUUCUACCUUGUUAUAUCAGACCUCUAUUUUUCAUUUUCAUUAUCUUUUUUUGUCUUCUCAAAUUUCUCAAGAUUAUCAAGAUCAUGGAAGUAUCAUCACAUAUGAUGGGAAUGUAUCAUACAAAUGAAGCAAAUCAUCAUCAUCAUCAUAACAUGCUAAAUAUGAUGGGAGGAGAUCAUCAUGAUCAUGAUGAUUAUGAAGACAAUAUUAGUGAAUCAAGUUUAUCAUCCUCCUCAUCCUUUGAAGACUCGAGCAAUUCUAAAGAAUCAGCAUCAUCAUCAUCAGAUUUGCUUGAUGAUGCAUCAUCACCAUCAUCAUCAUCAUCAUCACCACGAGCAUCAAAUGGACCCUUGUAUGAAUUAUCUGAGCUUAUGAAUCAACUUCCUAUUAAGAGAGGAUUAUCAAAGUAUUACCAAGGAAAAUCACAAUCAUUCACAUCAUUUGCAAAGGUGGGAAGUUUAGAAGAUCUAGCAAAGAAAGAAAGUCCAUAUCAAAGAAGAUUAAAAGCUUGUAGGAGUUAUGGAGGUGGUUUAAAUAAUUUUAAAUCAUGUACUUCACCAAAAGCUGGAAUAUCAAAGAGGCUUACAAAGGGUUCUUUAUCAAAUUUAUCUUGUUUAAGUAGGAAACCAAGUUUUAUCGGUAGUUGUAGACCUCCUUUAAGUCCUGUAUUAUAAAGUAGCUUGCUUUAUAUUUGGAAGCUUUUUUCUUUCUUUUAUUGGACUAAAUUAUAGGAGUACAUGGAAAUCAUAAGAGUGUUAAUUAACAAUACUUUGUGCAACUAGCUUCUAUCAAAAUUCUUUUUUUUCAUGA